AUGCCAAAAAAGCCAUGGGUUAUUACUCCCCCAGUUCUUGCUUAUUCGUGGAGGUUUUUGCACAAAAAUUUAUGUAAAUAGUAAAAUUUAUAUGAAUAGAUCCAAAUUUGCUUAUCAUUGGCAAAUGCCCAAAGUUUGCGUUUUUCAUGUUGUAUCUGAAUACCCAAGCAAAUUUCUAUUUAUUCAUAUAAAUUUUACUAUUUAAAAAUUUUGUGCUAAAGCGCCCCACGAAUAAGCAAGAAUUUUCUAAUUCCUUGGAGGAGCUAGUGGAAUUCUCGGUGGACUCGGCUUAAUUUUGAUUUUAACAGCUGCCAUAGCUCCUCUAAUUAUCGACAAUGACCUAAAAUCUCAAAUGAAAGCUCGCAUUAUUAUGGAUGAUCGAAGUGACCAUAAUCUCUGAGGGUCUUUGCCUGGCAAAUCAGAAAUCGUCCUGCUUCAUGAGUAUCAUUUUUUUGACAUUAACAACCCAGAAGAUGUCUUAAAAGGUGCACUCCCUAGCUUAACAGAGCAAAAUGGCUAUUACUACCAGGAAUUCGAUGACUUUUUAUAUUACAACUAUUCAAGCCACCAUGGGACUUCCAAAGCUUGGCUUCGUUAUUUCAAUUACCAAAGAAAAGCAAAAACAAAUCAUACAGUAUGGAGAAAUGAUACCCACGAAACUGACAAGAUAACAACGGUAAAUCUUGGACCUUUUGGAGCUUGGAAUACAAUGAAGCAUUCCUCACCUGAAAAAUUAGCUUUGAUUUCCUUAUACCAAAUAAUUUAUACGUUAAAUAAUGAUUUAGCUAUAGCAGCUUAUUGCCAAGGGAUCGAAAAAUUACUAGGAAAUUACACCUCAGCACAAAACCUUAUUUAUGAUCCAGCAGGGAUUAAUAAUGAAAUUGGAGCAGAAAUUUGGCAGGAUAAGUACUUUGGAAUGGGAAAUUGGCAAACUUUGCAAACGUGGAUAAAGGCACUUGAAGAAAAUCUGCAAAAUAACGUUUUUGUGUUCCCUAGACCUAUUUCGGGUUCACUUUAUCUGCUUCAAAAUAAUUUUGGACUUAAUGAAACUCAAUUUGAGCAGAUUUUUACUGGGGAGUUUAAAAAUUACCAUGAUACUGUAAUUCAAGCGUUUUUUAAUGAGUAUGGGUGUCAGGAAACUGAUGGGAGCCAAAUUUGUGAUCCUGCUUAUCUGGGAGCUUUACAAUGGUCAGCUUCAAAAAUUACUUUAGGGCCGCCUGGGGAUUUUCCUUCACAAGGAUCGACUAUUAAAUGCUUUAAUAACACUAUAUAUGGAUACCCAGAAAUGAGCUACUUUUUAUCAAGCACCAGCACAGGGGAAAAAUAUCCAGGAGUUUCAUUUACACCUGGAGACUAUUUUGAGCUCUUUUAUUAUGAUAGAGUCUCUGGGUUCCCUAAGUGGAGCAAUUAUACACUUCUUGAUGUAGGACAUAUGAAUCAUUUUUUUGCUUUGGGAAGAGAAGGACUUUUUAGCCAAAUCCAAGCUGAUUUUAAUUUAUUUUCUGAAAAUCAUGCUCUUGUCUUAUGGGACUAUAUAAAUGAGCUAGUUUCUUCAGCUGCGCUGCAAGGGUUCACUGACCAAGAAAUUUAUAAUUAUGAUAACAGAGGAAUUGCUAGUGAAUUUUCUAUUGGGAAAUUGGGGAGUCAGGCUCUUUUAGAGGUGACUGCAACACUGUCAGAUAUUUUAUUGACUGAGAUUACAGCGACUUAUGAUUAUUUGAGGCUACAAUAUGAACUGGGAGUCUUAACUUAACUUAACUUAUUAACCAUCACGUUUAACGUCUCCUACGGGGUUGCUCUUCCAGGACUACCACCACGCUCUCGUCGCUCGGGGCCCACUAGUUGCUGGGACAGCUAGCUUUGAUCUCCAACGCGCGCCUCCUGCGCGAUGUUCCGGCUUCGACGGCUCAUGAUUGAGCUACUUUCUCUGUAACGAGGGCUGUCUGCUGGGAAAUUCCAAAAAAUGGUAUUUCUGGCCGACUUUCGGCAAAAGAGGAAAACUUGUAGCCCGGGGCGAAACUCCCGGUUUCUCGCUAGAGAUUUGCCUGAAUGGCCUAGGGAUUACCUUUAGGCGCUGCUGGGCUUCUCCUUUCCAACUCCAAGCUCUCCUCUUCCCUCGAGGUAAAAUCCUAACCCGAGAACGGACUGGGAUCAGGCUCUGUACACUGCCAGAAUUGCUUACCUGAUAUUGCUGUCCAUCUCUAGCUAGGCAAAACCUUGCCGGAUAUAAUUAAAUAGGGCUCGAAACUGUCUGGCCGAGAGGCCAGACCCAAGUUGAGACGCCAUAUUUAAUUAUAUAUGAACUGGGAGUCACAUGUGAAGGAAUUUUAUCUGAUACCUUGCCAAGCCAGACUGAAAUCUGCUCGAUUCCACAAAUUCAAUGGAGCAAUGAUACUACAACAAUGAGUUAUUGGCUAUUGCCUUACUGACGUGGAGAGAAUUCUGAAUCUUGGGUUUGGUUUCAAAAUAUAACUGGGCUGUCAGAUGAAGAAAUGGAAACCUUAUAUGGAAAUUAGGUAUUAGUAUUCAGACCAUAUGAUAAAUCCAUUUUAUUAACAUUUAAGUUUAAGAAAUCGCUUGUAAGUUCCAUUCUCUAUCAGUCUCAACUUGGACAUAGAUCUGACUAACGGUAGUUUUGGCUGGCCUGGUCUUAGACCUACUUCAGUCCCAAAGCCUUUUAGGAACUCUUUUCCUGUAUCAGAUUCAAUGCAAGCACUUCUCUUUGAGCCGAGACUAUCAAGAAAUAUAUGAGCUUGGUUGUAGUUGCGUAGCACUACCCAUAACUGCCGUUUUAUAUUGUGUUAUUAAUAUUAAAUAUUUUUUUCGAAAUUUGGGGGUAAAAACUCGGCUACUUAUAUAUUUUUUUCCUCAUGAUAAUUCUCUCAGCAUGGAAAUGAAAGCACUUUAGUUUCAAAUUUCACUGAAUUUGACUCUGAGCUUAAAUCUCAUUAUUCUUGCAUCAACCCAGGCUCAGCUUGUUUCUCAUGGGACUUAAGCUCAAAACAGUGGGGAAAUGGCUAUGUGACUAAAAAUUUGCCAGAAAUUUUCAGCAUUUUUAAUAUAAAAAAUGCAUCCUCAAUUUAUGGUCUUAUUCCCAAAUAUCAACCCUCUUUUGCAUAUCCUCCUGAGUACUUCUCUUACAUCAUGACCAACAAUCUCACGACUGAUGCGCUCUCCGACGAAGAAAUCGACCUUUUGCUUAAUUUUGACUACCUUUUCAGUUCUUCUCAAGUGCAAAAGCUCUUUAUUUUUGAUUUCCAAGAAAAUUAUACAUCUGCAUCAGAGUUUUUCAACCUGACAGACCCUGAAACUAUGGCUAACUACAUAAGAUUCGUCAUCGAUAAAUUCAUGUUUGGAGGAAUCUUCAGGUCUAAAACAGUCCAAGAGCUACUGUGGACUGAUUACGACCCAUUUUUAAACAGAAUUAAAAACUUGAAUCCGUUAUUAGGCGGAGAUCCCUCAAUUGAUCCUUCAAUUGUAACUUUUGGGAAAAACCAAACAAGAGAUAUGUAUGAGUACAUCCCACUGCAGUUUAAAAAUGCUAUAAAUACAGGAAAAACAGAUAUUGAUCAGCAUCGAUGGUAUAGACUCUAUGGAGGAGUCUCGUAUGCCAAUAUAGUUAAAAAGCAGUAUUUCGGAGAAAGUCCUUGGGAUUCUAUAAUAAACUAUGUCAAUUAUAAUCCAUGGGAUGAAGAAGUCGAUUUAGUUGGCGGAGACUCCUGGGGAUUCCAGCCGGACUUAGACAAAGAUUCAAAAGCAAAAUAUUAUAAUCAAGAACUUGCGAUUAAUUUUGAAGCUGAGUACUCGAAAAAAGUUGAGUGGAGAGGAUUUAACUGUUUAAGAUUCAAGCUAAACUCAAAAGCUAUUCAGAAUAGUACUCAAAAUCCAAGCCACGCUAAGUUUUAUCAAUUUGGGCCUUCAGGGCUGGUAAACCUGGCUGUGCCUACCUCAUUCGACUGGCAGUCUGGCUCUAGAGUCAGUAGAGCUAGUACAGCCGGAUUGCCAGACUGCCAGGCAGAGCCGGACUGCCAAACUGACAGGUAGAGCCGUAGAGCCAGACUGUCAGUAGAGCCAGGUAGAUCCGGACUACCAGACUGCAAAGGUAGAGUCGUAAAGCCAGGUAGACCCAGCCAGAUUUGACCACAGGGCUGAUCAACCAAACAAGUGCUUUAAGCAGCCCCAUUUUUGCUGCCAAGCCUUAUUUCCUUGACGCUGAUUCAAUGCUAGAUCAGCUCGUAACAUAUAUGAAGCCUGAGCUAAACCAGCCAUCCGAGUACAAUACAGUGAUUGAUUUGGAGCCAUAUUCAGGAACUCCGUUUUACUUAUCUGAAAAGCUCAUGCAUACAGCUGAGCUCAAACCAGAUGCUUUGUAUCCAAAUUUAGGAAAACUGAGUAUGGAAAACACUGGAUAUAGGACUUAUAUGCCUCUUAUGUGGGUAUCAAAGAAUUUAGAAAUUUCACAGCAUUCUGCUGAUAAGUAUUUUGGCGUCAUUAAUAGCACGUCAUCUGCUAUUGGGUUAAUUAAGCUAUUAGGAUUUUUGUUUGGGGCAAUGCUGAUUGCUGCAAUGGGGAUGUAUUUACUUAGGCUUUAUAUUACUACGAAGAGACAAAAGAAAGCUGAGAAUCCAAUUAAUGGCAGUCAGGAAAUUCUUUUAGAAGUAUAA